AAGAGCUCAACGUGGAUUGAGUGACGAUCGCAAAUCCUCCGGAUCUGUCGCCGGCAUGGGAAAAGUCUUCGAUCCUUCGCUGAAGUUGCUCGCGUCUCUUUUGACAGUCGGAGCGAAUUCACCACAGAAAGGAGGCAGCGAGGAGGUGGAGUAACAGCAGGACUGGGAAAUUCUAUCGGUCCACGAACAUUUUCACUCGUAGCCAAACCAACGCUUCACGUCGCGGGUCUUAUCUUGGCAGCGAGGAAUAUAAAGACGUCAAUUGUCAACAGAUGUAGCUGCACCGCUCUCCUCCGAAGUCGUGUGUAGAGCAGAUACCGCCUGCUGUUGCCUGAGAAGAACGAUCAGUCAUGGACUCGAAGAUCGUGUUCGCGGGGCUCUUCCUCGUGGUGUUAGCCGUCGGAGUAGGGGCAUCUGACCCCGAGCUCACCACCGACUUCUCGGCCCCCGCCGGCAUCGAUGGCAACUAUUUCAAGUCAACAUUGCUGAAGGGCGUUCCCGUGGCAUCGCCGAAUUUCGCCACCGUGACCGGAGCAAACCAGAACAACUUCCCCGCUCUCACAGGAUUGGGCGUCUCGUCUGCACUGCUGCAAUUCCCCCCCGGAGCUCUGAACCCUCCUCACACUCAUCCCCGUGGUACCGAACUGUUCUACUGCAUGCAAGGAUGCGUCGAUGUGGGUAUCGUCGACACCACCAACAAGCUCUUCACCACCAGCGUUUGCGAAGGUGAAUCCGUCGUGUUUCCCAAGGGUUUGGUUCACUUCCAGAUCAACAGAGGCAAGACUCUGGCCAAGGGACUGGUGGGAUUCAGCAGCUCCAACCCAGGUACCAACAGACUUCCCAACGUUCUCUUCAAGUCCGGAAUCGCCGAUGACGUGCUGAUGAAAGCUUUCGGUGUCGGCAAGAUGACCAUCGAGCAGCUGAAGAAUGCCAAGGUCAACUAAAUGUGCUCAGAGAAAGUAGUUCCUGUUGUUUAGCAUAGUCGAUCUCCAUGGAAGACUCGCCCCAAUCACUUUCCACCGAUGUCUGUCGGGAGAGCAAACGAUGAUGCGAGUUUUCAAAUCAUGUAAUUUUUCUGUCACGAGUUUCUGUCUACGUAAAUUUGUGACAAUGAUAAUGGCAGGUCCAGACUUGACCUGCUUCCUUCCAAUAUGUAUAACCUGCUACAUUUGCCCCUCGCAGUUCCGAAAGCUUCUGGCUCUGCCACUCUGACCUUCUCUGGGCCUGCAUGCAAGUGAUCUCAUCAUCAAAGUAAUGUCUCACACUCAAUCUCCCGGGUUUACACUCAUCCCGUUUCUUACACAUGAAGAUGAAGAAAUGUAAGUGUGACCUCAUACCAAUGUGAGAGAGGAUGACAAGAAAGAAUAUCAAUUUCUAAGAUAACUUGCUGUAAACAUAGUUGAAAUCCAGCGCUGGC